AUGUGGACCAGUUUCCAACUGGCCGGGAGGAGUUUGCCAGAAGAGCCUCCCUCCAAGAGCUCAGCCAGGAAGGAAGGCAGGAAGGAGGAGGAAGGUGCUGCUGCUUCGCCAUCGUCCUCGGAGCUUCCUAGGCCAGGCCCAGGAGGAGACUGCCGCCCCCAUCAUCCCCCGUGGCUUUUCAAUGGAGGAGCAGCCCAAGCAGCAACAGCAGCAACAACAACAACCUCCUUCUUCAUCCUCUUCCUCCCCUUCUCCUUCCCAGCCUCACCACCAUCACCACCACCACCAUCAUCACCACUACUACUACUACAACCACAACCACCACCAGCACCACCAGCAGUAUUUGGGCGAAGGAGGAGGAGGAGGGGGCAAGACCCCCGCCAAAGCCCCCCCCUCCAAGGCCUCAAAUACGAAGCCAAGCAUGGAGCAGCAGGAGCAGGCCUUCUUCAGCCCCAGGAGGCGCCCAGGAAGAAAGCAGGCUAUUGCGAGCUCAAUGGAAAUGCCGGGGAGCGAGAAUGCUCUCGUGACACGUCGGGUCCGAUGUCCCGGGUCCCCAAUGGCAGCCAACCCCCAGGAGACUCCACCUUAACCCUGAAACCAACGAUGAAAGGCAGCCCUUUUGGGAAGCCAGGUCUGAAGCUCAAGAGCUACCUCCCGAAAGGGGGGAUGGACAAGAAGGGCGAAAGGUGUUACGAGAGCAAAACAAGAGAGGCCCAGCAGUCGGACAAGUCGGAGGUCAUCUCUAUCCCGAACGGGGUUGUCACGAACAGUUCUGGCUACAUCACCAACGGUUACGUCGGCAAAGGGGCUGACAACGAUGGCAGCGGGUCGGAGAGCGGCUACACGACUCCCAAGAAGCGGAAAGGCAGGCGCAACAGCGCCAAGGGUUGCGAGAACCUGAACUUGGUGCCGGAGAAGAUCGUUCAGCACGAUCCUCCGAUCCCUCCCGCACCGGUCUUGAAGCAGGAGCCGGAAGGGUUCAAACCCGACUGCGGGGAGCCAAAGGCGGGGAACCGGGUGGAGGGGCUGAAGCCGGCGUGGAAAUGCGAGGCCGGGGGUUUGGGGGUGGGACGCGGGAAGCCAGGAAUUGGGGACGUGCCACGGAAGAACUCGGAGGCCAAAGUCGGCGGCGUUGGUAAGAAGUUUGAAGAGCGCCCAAAGGGGAAGCAUGUGUCAGCUGCGUCCUCAAAAGAGGACUCUUGGACCCUCUUCAAGCCGCCUCCGGUUUUCCCUGUUGACAACAGCAGUGCGAAGAUUGUCCCAAAGAUCAGUUACGCCAGCAAAGUGAAAGAGAACCUGAACAAGGCUGCUCAAAACCCUGCUUCGUCUUUGUCAUCCUCCUCCUCCUCUUCUUCUUCCUCCUCCUCCUCCUCUUCUUCCUUGUGUUUAUCAUCCUCUGCAGACGGACAGGUCCAGACCUCCAACCGACUCUCCCAGGUCCCCAUGUCCGCCAUGAAAUCCGUCACGUCAGUCAACUUCUCCAACGGGCCGGUUCUAGCUGGGGCCGACCGCGGGAUGAGUUGUCCUGCGGGCACCCAGUCGUUGCUCAUGCCUGCGGCCAGCGCUAUUUUUGUGGCCCCUUCGGAGUUGGUACCCCAAGAACCAAGCCCAGCAUCGGGGGUUCUGGAGCAGCCCAAGUCCAGCCUUUUAAUCUACCCGUCAAAUAUGCAAGCCCUCCUGGAUGCAGCCGUGCGAGGCGAGCCCCCUUUCCCAGGCCAGCAGCAGCAGCAGCAGCAACAGCAGAACCUGGGAGACAUUUUCCAGAACCAGUGGGGCUUAUCCUUCAUCAACGAGCCCAGCGCGGGCCCAGAGACGGGCGUGAGGAAGCCGGCGGACAUUAAAGCCACGGAGGUGACAUUUCAAGGGGAGUCUCCCCCCACUUUGGUGUCACGGGGGGCUGAGUCGGUUCCUACAGGACCCAAUCCACCGCCUGUGUUCCCUAAAGCUUAUGAGUUGGACAAGCGGACUUGCCCGCAGCUCCUGAGUGGCAUCCUAAAACUGGGGACUCCUGGCGAGGGGGGUGGCGGUGGUGGCUUCUUCUUGGAUUCCCAUCCGUCGAGUGGCCCCGGGGCCUUUGUCUUUCUUGCCAAGGACUAUCAUGUAGAGAAUCGCCUGGCUUCCCCUACGAACAAUUUGUUAGCCUCCUCCGCCAAAGAACAGAGGUACCCGAGAGGCCUAGAACGGAAAGAAAGCUGGGGCGACUUUGACCUGAGAGCCGCCGUUCUAUAUCACACUCAAGAAAUGGAAUCUAUUUGUAAUUUGCAAAAGCAAGAUCCCAAAAGGAUAAUCACGUACGACGAAGCCAUGGAUCGCCUGAACCAAUGAGAGGAGCAGAGGGGCCCUGUUCGACCGGCGCCUUUUUGUGGUGACCCCCCUUGCGCCGUCCCGUGGAGGGGGAAGCUGCGGCCGCCCCAGCGGCUCCUUCCGGCCCUCCUGCGCGGCACUGGUGGCAAAGGAACCGGAACUAGCAUCGCAGGAUAAUAUAUACAAAUUUAUCCAUAUAUAUAUAUCUAUCUACAUAUAUAUAUAUGAAUGAGUUAGUUUAAAAAUUACGCAAGUCCUCCGGGCGCAAGGAAACUUCACAAGGCAUUGGCAGAGACUCACUUUAUGUGGUUUAUUUAAAGCGUCGGCUCUGAGUCUUCACUUCCUCCCCUGCCACCGACCUGCUCUUUUCUCUCCGUUUCUCUGCCCUCUCCGUUUUGGAUCUAUCUCCCCUCCGUCUUCGGUUCCGAAAUCCAGACGUGGGGACAGACUUUGUCCAUUGUCGUCGCCUUCGGCUCCGGAUGCCUACGGGAAGACGGUGGUUUUUACGUUUCCGUUGUUUUUUUCCCCCCUUUUCCUUCUCGCUGGGACUCUGCAAUCGUCCGUAACACACUAAUCCCGAGGAAACUGGGACAAGAUCCGUCACCUGAAUUCCCUCUGGACUCAUUCCUCUCCCUUUUCUUUUUGCCGAAAUCCCGCAGGAUGAAGAAAGAAGUUCAAGGGGACUUGAGGGGUGUACUUUGCAGGGUUGUUGUUUCCCCUUCCCUCCUGCUUCUCCUGGCCACCUUUCCCCGGACAGGAGUGCAGGCGAAGGAGAAGGGAGGACCUUGGUCUUAAAGCAUUCAUGCCAUCAUCUGUCUGUCUGUCUUCUCUCUCUUUCUGUGGAAAUCUGUGCCGUCAAUCGGCAACGUGUUGGAUUGCUUUUUUCGGGAAGAGCGUCUUCAUGGGCCACCAUCCAAAACCAGAGAAGGAGGGCAAUGUGGCCCCAGGGCCUCCUGGUUUUGGGGUAGAGGGGGAACCGUCCCCCCAAAAAAUGUCACCUAGGAGUUCCUCCCACUACUUAGAGGCGGAAAACGUCUCAUUGACUUCCGUAACUCUUCCCAUUGAGGGGGAAAAGGGCCUUUCCAAUUGACUUUGAACAGGAAAGGAGGCUCCCCUAGUCCUAAAAUGGCCCAGAAUAAGUCCAAAAUAUAGGGAAAUUGACAUUUAGGGGCACAGUAUUCUUUUCCCCCUCUCAGGGCAUGGGGCCCUCUGAAUCCGUUGUCCUUUGCCCACCUCUCCUCUCGAUUUGGAAGUGUUUGUAGUUUUGUACUAAAGAAUUCAGGGUUGCGUGUGUGUGUGCGUUGUGUGUUUGUCCGCAGAAAUCGGAGCCCUCUUCCCGUCCCUACGACUUGUAUUUCUGGGUCAAAACAAAACAAAAAAAGAAAAAUAGUAGUAGUAGUAGUAGUAGUAAUAAUAGGGUAUUCAUUUCCUCUCCCCAAUGACCGCUCGACUGGCUGUUUCUUGCUUGCUUUGGUACCAUUUCAUCCUUGGUUGCAGAGCUGAAAAGUCUGGAACCUUUGCUUGGACUGCUGGCUUUUCUUCCUCUUAGCAAAGGAGGACUUCUUUCCCACCUUCCUCCAAUGAGAGUUCUUGGUUACCUCUUUUGUCCAUCCAUCCUCCCAAAAAAGAAAUUCGGAGGGGAAGGGCUACUUGGCUACUAGGGAUGGUUUUUGGGCAGGUUCUUCUGUGUUUCGCUUCCAUAGGCGUGGAAGUGCGGCGCUUUUGCUUGCCGCUCCUCCAUCUUGACCGUUGCGGUGUUUUGUGCCUUCGACUCCGACUUAGGACAAUUUUAUCCGAAAGGUUUCUUGGCAAGGUUUCUUCGGAGGAGUUUUGCCACCUCUUCUUUUCUCUGAGGCUGAGAGAGAGAGUCUUCAUCCAAACACUACGCCUUGCUGGCUCUAGUAGGGCCACUCUGCCCUAAAGGUUUAAUCCAAGGAGAUGUACCUUUGCCUCCCUGAACAUGUCUUGCCCAAGGUUCCUCUGAUGGUUUCCUUGGCUGAGCAGGGAUUCGAACCCUGGUCUCCCGGGGUCCUAGUCCAACACUCAGACCCACUGAUUCCUGCUGGCGUCUCCAUCUUUACGGUGCUUCUUCCAUAUCCAUCUAGCCCUUAUCUAGAAUUCUGAAAUUCGGAAAUACUCCAAAAACCAAAACCUGUGUUGUUGUUUUUUGGCAUCAGUUUGCUUUCUGGUGGUUCUGUGUACACAAACUUUGUUCCAUGCACACAAAAAUUAGAACAUAGUGUAUAAAAUUGCCUCCAGGCUAUGUGUAUAAGGUGCCUAUGAAACAGAAAAGAAAAGACUUGGGUCCCAUCUCCAGAAUACCUUCCCAUGUAUGCAAAUACAGAUGUUCCAAAGUGCAAAACCCUUCUGGUUUUUCAAUGGGAAGAGGUUUCAAAAUCCCAAGGUCCGCUCAUCCCCCAUCUCCAAAACCGUUUUGUGUCCCUUUGUCGACUUGCGCUUUUGGCUUUUGUGUCCAUCUGGUGUGCCUUCAUCGUUGUUGGUUCUCUUUGAAACCUUUUAAGAGUUACAUCUCCCAUGCUUCUUGCGUCCUCCACUGCCUCCCAUUCCUUUUCCCUCUGGACCCCCACAUUUCCAUUUGGCUAGUGUAGAGAGGUUUUUGGCUAUCGACAAGACGGUGAACUUGUGUUGCCGACUGAAUCAGGUGCGAAACCUCCCUUCUCUCCUUUUUGGGUAGGUUAUCAUGUCUCUAUAUAUCGACACAUGCUCCUUUUGUGUCUUUUUAAGGUGAAUCAUUGUGGCAUCCCAUGCUAGCAUUUCCGUAAAGUGAAUUUUGGGCUUUCCAGAAUGGUGCGUUUUUAUUGCAGGGUAUCCAAAUAUCCAUCAAGGCAUCCGGUCUUUGCAUGCAGGCUUUUGCGUGCUUUGAAUUCAUUUUCGCUUUCCUUUUCGGACACUAUGCUUGUUCAGCCUUUUGGGGAGCGAUUUAGUUUCUCCAAGCAGAACUAAAUUGAAACCUUACAUUUUUACGUGUGCGUUUAGGGAGAGGACCGUUUUAUGUUUUGCUGCUUGAAGUGACCUUAGCUUGAGGCUGCGUUCAUUUACUUGAAGUCGAACCCCGUGAGUUCAAGAGGACUUAACUCCCUUGUAAGUAUAUCUUAGGACUGAAGCUUUAACCUGUUUGUCAGACGUGUGCUUGAGACAGAGAAAGAGGUUGAUAUUUUAAGAUUUAUGUGCAUAUAUAUAUUUAAAAUUGCUGCUGGGUCCUUCUCAAAUUAUUAAAUUGGGAAGGGGUUCGGUCAUUCCAUACGUUUCAACCGUCACAGUUUGGCAGAGACAGUCCCAGUUUGUCCUCUGCCUUCCCACUUCCUCAGCUCCUGUUAAAAUGUCCAUUUUCUCUCUCCUCCUCCUCCUCCUGCCUUCCUCCUUUGUCCCCAGCUUCUUUCCAUUGCUGCAAACUGAGUUCAAAAUGCAAAAAUCAUUUGCUCUCAGUUAUCUUAGUGAGAGAAUAAGAGGAGGAGGAGGAAUCAUGUCCUUCUUGGCUAGUCUUCACUCAUGCUUUUGGCCACCUUGACCACACUCUGGAGUUUCUUGGUGGCAGGUAGCCCUGUGAAACGCGGGAGAGUAUGUCUUUCAGACUGUCGGGUGGUUGUUUUUCUUCUUGACCCAUCCCCACAACCGCCGCAGUCCCGUUCGAGCCCAGUUAGCAAACCUUUCCAAUUCUGGCCUUGCCCUUUUGAGUCCAUCCAGGAUGCUCAAUGCAAGUUGGCGCGUUUGCAACGCACACCUUGACUUCCAGCGGUGCAUUGCUCAGUGUCUUAACUUGAGUGUGUGUUUGUGCGCACGCGUGUAUCUGUGUCUCUCCUCUUGGAUUCCUGAAAGCUUGACUCUGGUUUAAUGUCUCAAAUCCUUGUUUGGCACCAAAGGAUUUUUGGAGGCUUGUUGCUUUUGCUUUUUAAGGCCCAAGAGUCUCAUGCCUUUUUUAUUUUUGCCUACGCAGCCUGGUCCAAAGCAUGGAGGGUGGUGCUGGAACUACCAUUUAAACCUUCUGGACAUCUGGGUGCCCUUCUGCCAUUUCCCAAUUUGUCUUGAACCUCGGAGGCUUGUAUGUGGGCUGUAAGGCUGCCCAGACUGUCUUCUGUGGCAUGUUCCUCUUGAUGCACUCCCAUCCUAAAUCUUGGGCUCCUCUCCCUUGGUCAUCCAAUCUCACGCAUUGGGCUUGCUUUUUGGGAGGCCACCACUCCGAUCAUUCAGAAAGAGGGCAAAUUGUGGCUCACCCUCUCUAGUUGUACUUUCCAGUGUUGGAUCUAAACCUCUGUCCACAUGUUUGGCUCAGGUUGCGCUGGCUUUGCUUUUUAGAUCCGCUGGCUGCAGCUUUGGUUCUCUUUGCAAAAUCCUCUCUUUUCCAGCCCUGCUGAAAUCAAACAGAGGUGGCACAACCGUUGCCCUUGACGUCCAAAUGCCCGCAUGCGCACACAUGCGCACAGAGUCUAUGCCAGGUUCCUCUGCCAAUGGGAAAGGGAGACCCCCCAUUUGAGGAGGUAGCCCUGCAAUGGCUCUUGUCGGCCACAGAAGGACCCCAUUUUGCUUCUGCCCAGCUGCUUGGAAAGCAAGGUUUGUCUUUGGAAAGAAUUGGCCCUGAGGAAAGCUGUCAGGCCUUGAGUUCGAAAAGGGCGAACCAGUGCUGCCCAGGAGCAAAAUGGUGCCAUCGUUCUAGAGAUCCAGCAUUUAGGCUUCCUUGCGUUUCACUUCUUUCUCCGUCGCUGGGUAGAAAUGGGUGGCAUUUCUCACCGUGCGGAAAGGGGGGCUUUUUUUUGUGUGUGUGUGUGUGUUUGUAUGUAUGUAUGUAUGCAGGUCUGUUAGGGAGGGGGAGAUUCACAGAUAAGCGUCACAACCCACCGCCCCCCUUUUUUAGCCCCCCGAAAAACCAGGCGGAGCAACCUCCGUCAGAAGCGCGCAAGGCUGGGUCAGUUGCUUUUCUGUCAGUUCCGGAAGCCAAAUCUGCCCUUCGUACUAAAUGACUUCCUUUUGGGUCCUCUCCCAACAACGGUUCUUGGGUGUUUCUCGGUUGCCCUGCCCUGCCCCAGAAAUCUAUUUUAUACUUUAAUGAAGAAAAAUAAAACUUUAAAUAAAAAAUAAAUGGAGAGAUGUGUGUAGAAGAAAUAAAUUAAAGAGAGAGAGAGAGAGAUGCUACAUGAUGUAAAUUGUUGAAUAAACAUUUUAAGUUUC